AUGGCAACAUUUUUGUCCAUAUUACAGAUGUCCUCAGAUAAACCAAUGGCACCUGAUGGGAGCGAAGAUGCACCGGUGAAUAUGUAUGCCACAUUCAACAAGAUGGAAUGCUUAUCAGAAAAGCUGAAGUUACUGAAUUAUGAGCGUGAUUUUUGCAAAGUUAGGCAUAGAAAACCGGUGCCAAGACACUACUUUGCCAUUCCUACUAACCCCGGAGAACAAUUUCACAAUUUCACUACACUCGCAGCUUGGUUGAUUGGGCGAGCGAAUGGGAAAAUCGAUCCACCCCAAGAGUACGAUGAUCCGAACGCGACAAUUGCCACAAUUUUGGACGCCGUACGUGAACUGGGUCACGUGGUUGAGUUUGCUCCAUCUAAACUGAAAAGUGGCCAUGGCGAACAUUGCAUUGAGGUGCUUUCCAGGCUAGCUGAUUCUGCCUUAAAAAUAAAUGGGCACGAGUUUAAAGUUCCCAAAUACACAGAAGAAGAAGAGGAGGAACUGGACAUUGAAGAAGCUGAUUUGUCCAAUACAGAUGAGGAUCUUUGUGAAUGGCGAGGAACACAAUCCGGAGGCCGUUGGGCAAGCAAUAAAGCAGUCAGUGGUGACGAAGUUCCUGGCGGUUUUGCAGAUAUUGGCGAUGAUGAAGACGAAGAUGAUGUCCUCGAUUUGGAAGGUCUGAAAACCAGGGGCUCUCGUUUCAGUCGUCCCGCACUGAAUAAGGACGGACGAGAAGUGAAUCGAAAGAGUCACAGUCCGGUUCUGCGGGACAGUGUUCUUGAGAACAAAAGUUCCUGCGGACUUUUGGGUGUACUCGAAUCGAACACGGAUCCUGCGGAUUGGCAGCUGGAGGUAGAACGGGUAUUACCUCAGCUGCGUAUCACAAUACGCAACGAUGCCAAAGAUUGGCGAGCGCAUUUGGAAGAUAUGAGACGUUACCAAUUGGAUAUAGAUCGUGCCUACACGGACGCAAAAACUCAACUAACACGACUUCACGGAGAGCUCGGUCGAGCGUUGGAUAAAAUCAACAGUCGGGAGAAAUACAUGAAUAGCCAGUUGGAAUCAUUACUCAGUCAGUAUAAAAUGGUUCAGGAUACCCUAUCGGAAGUCACACAGCGUUUCAGACAAGCCAGUGGUGGAAUCACAGAACGAAGCCGUGUCCUGGCCGAGAUUGGCGAAGAGUUGGAACGAGUGAAGGACGAAAUGGAUGAACGUGGCUCCAGCAUGACUGAUGGAUCCCCAGUUGUACGAAUUAAACAAGCCAUUCAGAAACUCAAAUCCGAAAUCACUGCCAUGGAUAUUCGCACCGGUGUGCUGGAACACAUUCUGCUACGUAUGCAUCUUCGGGUUCGAGAAGAUAGUCAAAAACCAUUGUUCUGUAAGCAACCGGAACCGGGCCGAUUAGGGACCAAUCCAGGUUACGCAUUCUGA